ACAGUGAGAAAUUAGCGCGUGUGCAAUAGUUCUCUCUGGCGUUUCUACUGAACUCAGCUGGAACUCUUGACAUUCCGGGAGUCGGCUCUAUUGGCACAUGGUGUUUCAUUUUGACUUAUAAUUUUACAAUUUUUUCUGACAAUCUUAAACCUUAAAUUCUCAAACAAAUACACAUCGUGCGUACUUUUAAUUUUAAAAAUAUAAAAAUUUAAUACCUAAAGAGUUAGAAAAAUUUUAGAAACGAAAAUAGGGGGGAAUAAGGAUAAAUUAAAAAUCAGUGGGGGCAUUUUUGUUUAAAUAACAUAUCAAAAAAAGAGGAAGGAAACAUUUUAUCGAUCAUGGUUAGAGGUGAGGAAAACAAAGGAAAUACGAAAAUUGACAUUGAAAAACCAAAAUGGGAUCAGAGCAAUUAUACGGGAAGGGCCAGACAUUUUUUGACCUUGACAAAUCCCUUAAAUGUUUUUGCCUCAUCGAGUCAAUUGGAGCGGGCACGGGACAUCGUUCAAAACUACAGGAAAGGAUCAACGUUAGAGGAUUUAAAGAUCACGGAAGAUGAAUUGUGGACGAAUAAAUAUCUUUACGACAGCGCCUAUCAUCCAGAUACUGGAGAGAAAAUGACCCUGAUUGGACGCAUGAGCGCACAAGUUCCAAUGAACAUGAUCAUCACUGGAUGCAUGAUGACGUUCUACAAAUCAACACCUGCUGUUGUUUUUUGGCAAUGGUGUAAUCAGUCGUUCAAUGCACUGGUAAAUUAUACAAAUCGAAGUGGAUCGUCGCCAAUUCCAGUGGAAACGUUGAUCCAGAGUUAUGUGGGCGCAACAGGUGGCGCUGUUGUCACGGCUCUCUCGCUAAAUCGACUUGCGAAACGAGCGCCACCACUGGCAGGACGCCUAGUACCAUUGGCUGCAGUGGCAGCUGCCAAUUGCAUUAACAUUCCUCUAAUGCGAAUUACCGAACUCAAAAGUGGCAUUGAACUUCAAAACAAGAGUGGAACAAAAGUUGGCAACAGUCAAAAAGCAGCGCGAGAAGCUAUUGCUUCAGUAACUGUCUCUCGUAUUCUCAUGGCUUCACCUAGUAUGGUGUUAGCACCCGUAGCAAUGAACUACAUAGAUAAGAGGCAACUGCUCAAAAAUAUCAAAUGGGCCGGAGCACCAAUUCAAGUGGCCCUGUGUGGUAUUUGCCUGACAUUCGCAACCCCCUUGUGUUGCGCCCUCUUCGCCCAAAGAGUCACAGUACCUGUAGAAAGCCUCGAAACCGAAGUCCAAGAACAGAUACACAAUAAAGACAAGAGUCUAACAACUGUUUUCUAUAACAAAGGUCUUUAACUUCCACACAUGUUCAGUGCUUUUAUCAAAGAAAAAGAUGAAAAAAAGAAUCCACUUCCACAGCUUGUAAAUUUAGCAAUAAGAAGAUUUAUGUAGGGAAAAAAUACAUAACUAUGUCACAAUAGAAAAUUAUUGACACUAUGGUCAGGAAUCUCGAUGAAUAUCAUUAAAAAUGAUAAAUAUGAUGAAGAAAUGAAGAAAUAAAAAUGAAGACAAAUGAAAAUGCAUUUAUAAUUGUUUUAAAAUUUAUCAAAUUUACGCACAUUUUAAGAUUUACAUUCUCCACUCUAUGCUGUGAAACUUAAGACAAUAAAAAAGUUUUAUUCCGUCUAAA